CGGGGCCGGGCGGGAAACGUUAGGGGAGCCGUACUCGGGGUCCCGGGCGAGCCAGGGCUCCCGGGCCGAGGUCCGGCCGGAUGAAGAGCGGGGCGGCUGGGCCGGUGCUCGCCAGCACGGGCCUGAGGUCGGCCAGCCGGGCUGCCAGCGCUUCCGGAACGACAGCCCCGGGCGCCGCCCAGCAUGCCCCGCACUGGGCGCGGAGCGAGGCCGCCAGCCCUCGGAGACGUCGGGCGGUCCGGGGAGGCGCGGCCACCCGCGGGAUGUGUUAGCACGUGACACCGGCCCCGGCGCGCUCCCGUCGGACGCCGGUCCUCUGCACUGCCCGCGCAGGAUGAAUGACAUGAAUUUGAGCCCAGUGGGGAUGGAGCAGCUGUCUUCAUCCUCUGUGAGCAAUGCCCUGCCAGUCUCAGGAAGUCACCUGGGUUUGGCUGCCUCUCCCUCUCACAGCGCCAUCCCUGCCCCAGGUCUCCCGGUGGCAAUUCCAAACCUGGGCCCCUCCCUGAGCUCUCUGCCUUCUGCCUUGUCUCUGAUGCUCCCCAUGGGAAUUGGAGAUCGAGGGGUGAUGUGUGGGUUACCUGAAAGAAACUACACCCUACCUCCGCCACCUUACCCUCACCUAGAGAGCAGUUACUUCAGAACCAUUCUACCUGGCAUUUUAUCUUAUUUAGCUGACAGACCACCUCCUCAGUACAUCCACCCCAACUCUAUAAAUGUUGAUGGGAAUACAGCGUUGUCUAUCACCAACAGCCCUUCAGCACUAGAUCCCUAUCAGACCAAUGGAAAUGUUGGAUUAGAAUUAGGUGUUGUUUCAAUAGACUCUCGCUCUGUGAACACACAUGGUGCCCAAAGUCUUCAUCCUAAUGAUGGCCACGAAGUGGCAUUGGACACAACAAUCACUAUGGAGAAUGUUUCUAGGGUUACCAGCCCAAUCUCUACAGAUGGAAUGGCAGAGGAGCUUACAAUGGAUGGUGUUGCAGGAGAACAUUCGCAAAUCCCAAAUGGCUCCAGAAGUCAUGAGCCUCUCUCUGUGGAUUCUGUGAGCAACAACCUUACAGCAGACACUGUAGGACAUGGUGGUGUGAUACCCAUUCAUGGGAAUGGUCUGGAGCUUCCUGUGGUCAUGGAGACAGACCACAUUGCAAAUCGGGUCAAUGGGAUGUCUGACAGUGCCCUCAGUGACUCCAUCCACACCGUGGCCAUGAGCACCAACUCUGUAAGCGUGGCACUCUCUACCUCACACAACCUCGCUUCCCUAGAGUCUGUUUCCCUCCAUGAAGUUGGCCUUAGCCUAGAGCCUGUGGCUGUCUCUUCCAUCACGCAGGAGGUUGCUAUGGGGACAGGUCAUGUCGAUGUGUCCUCAGACAGCUUGGCUUUUGUACCACCUUCGCUGCAAAUGGAAGACUCCAAUUCAAACAAGGAAAACAUGGCAACCUUGUUUACAAUCUGGUGCACUCUCUGUGACCGAGCCUACCCCUCAGACUGCCCUGAUCACGGACCAGUGACUUUUGUUCCUGACACACCAAUAGAGAGCAGAGCAAGGCUGUCCCUCCCAAAGCAACUUGUUCUCCGCCCGUCCAUUGUGGGGACAGAAGUUGGUGUGUGGACUGCAGAGACCAUUCCUGUGCGCACUUGCUUCGGGCCUCUGAUUGGUCAGCAGAGCCACUCCAUGGAAGUAGCAGAGUGGACAGACAAGGCAGUUAACCACGUCUGGAAGAUAUACCACAGUGGUGUCCUAGAAUUCUGCAUCAUCACAACGGAUGAAAAUGAGUGUAAUUGGAUGAUGUUUGUGCGCAAAGCCAGGAACCGUGAAGAACAGAAUUUGGUGGCUUAUCCCCAUGAUGGAAAAAUCUAUUUCUGUACCUCACAAGACAUCCCUCCUGAGAAUGAACUGCUUUUCUAUUAUAGCCGAGACUAUGCUCAACAGAUUGGUGUUCCUGAACACCCAGAUGUGCACCUCUGUAACUGUGGCAAGGAGUGCAAUUCCUAUUCAGAGUUCAAAGCUCAUCUGACCAGCCACAUCCAUAGCCAUCUCCCUGGCCAGGGCCACAGCAGCAGCCACGGGCCGAGCCACAGCAAGGAAAGGAAGUGGAAGUGUUCCAUGUGCCCGCAGGCUUUUAUCUCUCCUUCGAAACUCCAUGUCCACUUUAUGGGUCAUAUGGGCAUGAAGCCCCACAAGUGUGAUUUUUGUAGCAAGGCUUUUAGUGAUCCAAGCAACCUCCGGACACACCUCAAAAUACAUACAGGUCAGAAGAAUUACAGGUGUACUUUGUGUGACAAGUCUUUCACCCAGAAGGCUCACUUGGAGUCACACAUGGUCAUCCACACGGGUGAGAAGAAUCUCAAGUGUGAUUACUGUGACAAGCUGUUCAUGAGGAGGCAGGACCUCAAGCAGCAUGUGCUCAUCCACACACAAGAACGCCAGAUCAAGUGUCCGAAGUGUGAUAAACUGUUCUUGAGAACAAACCACUUGAAGAAGCAUCUUAAUUCUCACGAAGGAAAACGAGAUUAUGUCUGUGAGAAAUGUACAAAGGCUUAUCUGACCAAGUACCAUCUCACUCGCCACCUGAAGACCUGCAAAGGGCCCACCUCCAGUUCCUCAGCACAGGAGGAGGACGAGGAGGACGACUCUGAAGAAGAUGAUCUCCCAGACUCCAUGAGGACAGAUGACUGUAGGAUGAGCAGUGCUAUUUACUCAGCAGACGAGUCUCUCUCCACACAUAAAUAAAAGGAAAACUGCUCUGGAUGGACCAUGCGUUAGGAAAACACAAAACCAACUCACUGCAGAUGGGACUAGCUAAAGCACGGACAGGAGAGGAUCCAGAUGGAGUCUUUAAGAUGGCCUGGAGACGAGGCACGUGUCUGUCCUCUUAAGUAACGGCUGGCAAGGAAAGGCCCAGCUGUUGCUGUCUGUUCUUUAUUACAUAGUUAUCUGGGAGAUGCAGUUAUGCCUGAGUCAAUGUGGCCUUUUGUUCAUACAAAUCAGAUUUAUCUCAUGUUGGUUUUUUCCUCCAGCCAACAUGACUGACCCCAGCCAUCCCCACUGUUGACCACAUACUAAUGCACUAUUGUAAGGUGUGCAUUUCACAGAGAGAAUUGCAGCACAGCAGUGCAAGUGUUCAGGUGACUAUAAUUCAUUAUAUUAAAAAAGAAAAGAAAAGUAACACCUGCCUAACUUCUGGCCACUUGAGAGUUUAGAUCCUGUUUCCCCAUCUCAGCAGGUUGAGAGGGCAGGUAAAGAAGCAUUCAUGGGUCAGAGGACAGUGACUGGUAGAGGAAAAGGCCCACAAAACCACCUUCGAUGGAACCCAAGCUUAGCCACCUGGUUAUGUGUACAUGCACAUCUUUGUGGUCUAGCCUUCCGUCAUUCAGUGAGGACCUGGAAUUAACAGUGUCCAAAUAAUGCCUGCUGGGUCGUCUCCUGUCAGUAAGUGCGCAUGGACUCACUUGACAAGACUGGUACUUCAGCCUACAGCAGGAAGGAGGGGAAUGAUCUUAUGUAGGUUUACUUUAUGAAAACCAUUAAGAUGUUGCUCGCUGAAAGCAACAAGUAGUUCCAAAUGCAUUGGUGGGUUUCACAGUUAGGCCUUCCCAGUUGUCUUCCUUGUUAAAGGUCCUCACCAGCUAAGUGUAGAGGAUACCAAAGGAUCUGAAAGGUAGAGAAGGCUAUUAGUCACCAUAUGGGUCUGUUUUCAGGUCCCUGUGAGCAGGCAUAGCCAGCUUUUGGAAGAAGCAGAAACAUCCUCAAGUUGACAGAUUGGUGGAACAUGCCUUCCUGCUCAAGGGUCCAACCCUGGCUUGAGUAGAGGAAGGACUCUGCUGGGAAGGUUUUGCUGCUAAUGUAUUUAUGGGAUGAAUGUAUUUCAUUCAAAUCUGUAUUCCUUUAGGAAGAAUUAAAAUCAAAAUUUUUAAUGAAAA